AUGACUGAUGAUCAUCUGGAAGUGUGCUUGAAGCUGGCUAUCAGCAACCACUGUCCGGACUAUGCAUCCCUGGCUGAUUCCAUUCAGUGCAAAUCAUCAGAGCUGCAGCAGCCAAAGAAUGCCCCUCUUUGUCUGCACACAGACCAACAGCAACAUUCUGUUUCUUCUUAUGCAGGAAGCCUUAACCAGCAGAGUUGGGGUAAGAAGUAUCCGUCCUGCAGCAGUGCCAAACAGUCUCCUGUGGACAUUGGCGAGAUGUUUACCCAGGUCAGGGCGGAGUUUCAGAACCUAAAGCUGGAGGGCUGGGACAGACCGACAUCCAUGAGCACCACCAUCCAAAACAACGGCAAGACUGUAAUCAUAAAUGUGGAUGGGGAGUUUUUUGUGAGCGGAGGAGGACUGAGCUCCAGGUUUCGUGUUGCCAGCCUGAACUUCCACUGGGGACGCUGUAACGCAACAUCAGCUGGGUCUGAACACAGCCUGAAUGGGAUGAAAUACCCACUAGAGAUGCAGAUCUACUGCUACAAUCCUGAUGAUUUCCAAAGUCUCGAUGAUGCUAUUAAGGGAGGAGGGAGGGUCGUUGCCUUGGCUGUUCUCUUUGAGGUUGGCUUGGAAGAAAAUGAGAAUUUCAUUCCUGUUCAGGAAGCCAUAGAGACAGUCAGCAGGUUCGGUAAGAGUGGGUCAGUGGAAGCGUUCACCUUGCGCUCCCUGCUGCCAAACAUCACAGAUAAGUACUACAUCUACAACGGCUCGCUGACAUCUCCUCCCUGCUCUGAACUGGUGGAGUGGAUCGUCUUUAAACACACCGCUGCCAUAUCAGAAUCUCAGCUGGAAGUGUUUUGCGAGGUGAUGACCAUGGAGCAGGCCGGAUAUGUUAUGCUGACAGAUUAUCUGCAGAACAACUUCCGGGAGCAGCAGCAGCAGUUUAUGGGUCAGGUGUUCGCCUCCUACACUGGAGUUGAGGACGUGCUCACACCAAUUUGCACUUCAGAGCCGCAGAACGUUCAGGCUGACGCCCAGAACGACACCACCAUCGUGGUGACGUGGGAGCGUCCCCGGGCAGUUUUUGACACCACCAUCGACUGGUACACAGUCACCUACCAGAUUCUCCAAGGCCCACAGCAGAACAAGCAGGAGUACAGGACCGACGGAGACCAAGACGUGGGUGCCAUCAUCUCCAACCUGCUGUCCAACAGCAGCUACGUGGUUCAGGUGGUGGCUGUUUGCACCAGUGGCCUCAGAGGGCGAUGGAGUGACCAGAUUAUAGUGGACAUGCCAUUGGAGGACCCCGAAAGUGAUUCCAGUCCUGACAGCAUCACAAAGGGUUCUGAAAGCCACAUGGAGAGCUCUUCAGUAGAUGGAUGGAAAAGACCAGAGAACCAGAAAAAUGUGAAGCUGGCAACUGAGGAUCACAGUCCAGUGGAAGAAAUCCCAGCAGAGCAAACAAGAGUUUACCAGAACCAACCUGUACACCACCAGCCCACAGACCAAACUAAACUCGACCAACACCUCCCAGUUCAUACCAGCUCCCAGUCAACCCUCCAGACUUCUUCUGUCUCUGCUGAUGAACAGAAAACGAACCAAAACAUGCCUGACCACAACUGGAUAGAGGGCAAACAGCAGAUCCCAGAACACCAGUCCUUUACGAGUCGGGGCUUUGAGAGCAAUAGUGCCAUCUGGGUGAAUCCAGUAACUCACCAGCCGGGGUUCCUGUUUCCAGUUGUCCACACCACCACACUGCCUUCAGUCCGUCGACAAAUCACAGAAGAGGCAUCACUGUCUGCGCCGUCCAAAGAUCAUGAUUCGCCAGACGAAGUCAGUAAAAAUGGCCUCUCUAACUUGUUUACCCCUCCAAUGGAGGACAUCCAGGUCACAGAUGUCUUCUUUGAAGACACAAUCACCAGCUCUCCAGUAGAAACCACCACCAACUCCGCAGCAGUGGAGCCAGGUAACGAUCAAAAAGAUUCACCACCAUCCUCAGAAGACCGCAACGUCCCUAGAAACAAAACUCAAGAAAAGACCAUCACCUCAGAUUCUUCUACCCCCUCCUCAGGCUGGACAAAAGAAAUCAUGACAACUGCCGGCAACACACUUAGCGACUCGCUGUACAAAUCGUUCACCACCUCUUCUCUGCUCCGAGUGUUGAUGCACACCACUCAGCCAUUGUUCAAUGAGCGCAGCAACAGCAGCCACGAGUCUCGGGUCGGGCUGGUGGAAGGUGUGGAGAGGGAGAAGAGGACGGUGGUCCCUCUGGCUGUCGUCUCCACUCUCACCAUUCUCUGUCUGCUGGUGCUCGUGGGCAUCCUCAUCUACUGGAGAAAUUGUUUCCAGGUGGCUCAUUUCUACCCAGAUGACAGUGCGUCACCUAAAGUCCUGUCUGUUCCGUCCACACCUCUCCUGCCGGCCACAGACGGUCACGAGCCGCUCACAGUGAAGCAGUUUGUGAAGCACGUCAUGGAGCUCCAUAGCACCAGCUCUUUCUGCAAGGAGUUUGAGGAGGUUCAGACGUGCACGGUCGACAUGGGCAUCACUGCCGACAGCUCAAAUCAUCCCGACAACAAAAGCAAGAACCGCUACAUUAACAUACUGGCCUAUGACCACAGCAGAGUGAAGCUCUCCAACAGUUUGGACCGAGACGGGAGAUGCGGGGACUACAUCAACGCUAACUUUGUGGAUGGUUACGAGAGAACGAGGGCAUACAUCGCAGCUCAGGGGCCCCUGAAAUCAAGCAGGGAGGACUUCUGGAGGAUGAUCUGGCAGCAGAACAUUGGAGUCAUUGUCAUGAUCACCAAUCUGAAGGAGAAAGGACGGACAAAAUGUGACCAGUACUGGCCUGAGGAGAGCCAAGAGGAAUACGGUUCUUACCUGGUGACCCUGAAAAGCACAAAGACCCUUGCUUAUUACACACUACGGACGUUCACAAUCAGGGAUACGACAAAUAAGGUGCCUCAGAGGAAAAUUGAACACACAGUCCUUCAUUACCACUACACCCAGUGGCCGGACAUGGGCGUCCCAGAGUACACAUUGCCUGUGCUGUCCUUCAUCAGAGCAUCCUCUCAGGCCCGAACACAAGAAAUGGGACCUGUCUUGGUCCACUGCAGCGCUGGCGUAGGAAGAACUGGCACCUACAUAGUGAUAGACAGCAUGCUGCAGCAGAUCCAGGAUCAGGGAACGGUGAAUGUUCUUGGCUUUCUAAAACACGUCCGGACACAGAGAAACUUCUUGGUCCAGACAGAGGAGCAGUACGUCUUCAUCCAUGACGCUCUGGCAGAGGCCAUAUUGAGCCGGGACACGUUGGUGACCUCUGAGCUCCUCCACACGUAUGUGUCAGGCCUCCUGACGCCUGGUCCCACCGGCAGGACGCGCAUGGACAAACAGUUAAAGUUAAUAAGUCAGCGGCAGGCGAAGCACGCAGAUUACAGCACUGCCCUGAAAGAUGGCAACGCUGAGAGGAACCGAGCGAGAGCGCUGAUGCCUGUGGAGAGAUCAAGAGUUUCUCUGACAGCUUCAGAAACAAACUCCACGGGUUACAUCAAUGCCUCCUACGUUCUGGGCUACCACUGCAGUAAGGAGUUCAUUGUGAGUCAGACUCCUCUGAGCAGCACGGUGGAAGAUUUCUGGAGAAUGAUCUGGGAACACAAAACCCACACAGUUGUCUGUCUGCCAGAUGCACACAGUCAGAGUGAACAGGGGGAUUGUUGUGUCUUCUGGCCAAGUAAAGAACUUCCACUGAGCUUUGAUGGUCUCACUGCUUCUUGCUGUGGGGAGGAGCAUGUACACUUACCCAACGAUGAGAGCCUUUUGCUGCAGGACUUUACACUGAAGUCUUCUCAGGACGACUGCGUGUUCAACGUGCGCCAGUUUAGCGCCCCCUGCUGGCCCAAUCCAGACAGUCCCAUCAGAAACAGCUUUGAUCUCGUCAGCGCAGUCAGAGAGCACAGCAGACACGCACACGGACCCGUAGUCGUCCACGAUCCUUUGGGGGGGGCUACAUCGGGGCUGUUCUGUGCCCUCUCCACCCUGUUCUGUCAGCUGGAGAAGGAAGGAGCGGUAGACGUCUACCUGGUGGCACGGAUGACCAACCUCAUGAGGCCGGGAGUUUUUAACGAUGUUGAGCAGUACCAAUAUCUGUACCGAGCCGUGCUGAGCCUGGUGAGCAGCCAGGAGGACCAGAGAGCCCUGCAGAGUCCAGAGACAAACGGAUCAGUACCACUGGGACAGUCCAACAUCACAGAGAGCCUGGAGUCCCUCAUGUAGACGCACGAGCGCGCGCACGUCGUCGCACAAAGACACACACUUCACACGCUGUGACGUUCACAGCUGUGGGGGUGAGCAUCCUAAUGCUUUAAUACGUAUGUUCGUCACCCGCUGGAUUAUCUGUGAGAAGGAACAACCCACAUUUCUUUCUGUUAAUCAUCUUCAUUAGAAGUUCCAUUAGAAAAGAAUUAGAGCGUCGCGGGUGAGCUACAUCUUUACUGAUUCAAUAAACUGAUGGGAACGUAAAUAUCCCAGACAUGGUAAGUUCACCUCAAGUCUUCAUCCCAGUUCAUUUUGUUACGCUAAACUGUAAAACAGACGAUGGCCAUAAAUCAUGAAGAGGUUGUUGGCCAGUAGGUUAGGUGCUGGUUUGGAUGCUCGUCAUUUGGCGCCACUGUGUAAAAAAGCAUCUUCAUCUUCUCCCGUUGUUCAAAAACUGAAGCCAAAGCGUCCAGUGGUUCGGGUGCCAUUUUAAGAGUCGGCACACGAGGGAUGAGGGGGCGUCCCCUCGAUACAAACAUCUCAUUUAUUACUCACCAACAGUCACAAAAAAAAUCAUUAUCAAAUCAAAAUUACUAGAGUUAUGUUUUUUUUUUUUUUUUAAUAAUAAAAUGUCCUGAUAGUUUACAUGGAGCAGUAUGGUGUGUACCAGGGGUGCUUGUCUUUUGUGGCUUCAACUUCUGGGUUCUGCUCCUGUCUCUAGUAAUAACGGUGUCUAAAUGCUUAAACAAACACUUUACACACGUGAAAUAAAGAGCAGUUAAACCCGAUCUGUAAGUAAACAUCUGUUAAUGCAGACCUUUUGUUAAUGGCAGCCUCUGCGCCGGGUUCAUUAACAUGAAUGAAGCCGUUAGCUGCAGGUGCUCGGCAAAGACAACAGCUGGACUGACUUUCCUGUUUUAACCGUUUUAUGUCCUUUUAAAGCCUUUGACCCCGUACGGUCUACCGUAAUUUCCGGACUAUAGAGCACACUUGAAUAUCAGCUGCGCACACUAAAUAAAUAAUAAUAAUUUGUAAAUAUAUAAACUGCGGGUUUUCACGUUGUAACAUGAUAUAUUUACACAAAGUUUUUUUUUAAAACUUGUAAUUAAAUACGU